AUGUGCAGAUUUCUGAUAUUCAAGGGAAAGAAGCCGUUGUUGCUCUCGGAUCUGUUAACGAGUCCGGCGCACUCGAUCAUCAACCAAUCAUUCGACUCUAGACUCAGACUGGAUAUGAGGAGACCAAUCAACGGGGACGGGUUUGGCGUAGGCUACUACACUUUGGACGAGGAACUUGAUCAAGAUGGUCCCUGCGUUUUCAAGGCAAUUACACCGGCCUGGAAUAACCUGAAUCUCAAGAGGUUGGCUGAAAAGACCAAAUCUGAGCUGGUGUUUGCCCACGUGAGAGCUUCUACUUACGGUGUGUUGAGCGAGACCAACUGCCACCCUUUCACCUAUCACAACAUCAUGUUUAUGCAUAACGGACAGAUUGCGUAUUUUGGAAGAAUCAAGCGCAAGAUCUUCGACCAUAUCGAGGACGAGUUUCUGUUGCACAUUCAGGGAGCCACAGACUCUGAGUGUGCUUUUGCGCUCUUUUUGGAUACUUUACACAAGAUGGGCGUCAACAUAAAAGACCCCAGGGGCGAUUUUGGUCAUGCAGUUGUGAGAAAGGCCUUGAUGAAGACGAUAGAGUACAUCAAGGAAUGGACUGUUGAGCUGAAUGUUGAAAACCCUGAGCCCUCUUUACUGAACUUUGCCGUGACCGAUGGUUCUUCCAUUGUGGUAUCGAGAUAUAUCACCUCAAAAACUGAGGAGGCUGCCUCAUUGCACUUCAGCACUGGUUCUAGCUUUGUGGAAUACGAGCCGGGCCAGUACAGGAUGGAAAGGGUUGAUAGGUCCCAGGAUGUGAUCAUGAUUGCUUCGGAACCGCUCACCUUUGAGAGAGGCGAUUGGAUUGCGGUACCUACAAACUCUAUGAUCACUGUGAAGAACCAGACUGUUUUGCUGCAUCCUAUACUGGACGAGUUCUACCAGGAAAGUCCCUCUUUCAGAAGAAGCUCUGGCUUUGCCGAAUCAAGAGGUCUUAUGGGAAGUGUCCCAAUUGCAGAAACCGUGGACAGAGACCUCCCUCCUUUGGAAAGAGAAGGAAGAUCGCGCUCUGUGGUUGCCAUUUGA